GUUGUUUCUGCUUCAUCCAUGCUCUUAUAACUCUUUCGAUCCCCCUUCCCUCCUCAAGUGAGCCCCCGAGACCAACAAUCAUCGUGCAACUCAAUCAUACUCACGGUCCCCCGGCUUGACAAGACCACAUACCUUACUUUACCCAUAUAUAUUACUACCUUUAUUCUCCAUACGCAUCUCACUUGUGUCAGCCCACCCAUCGAUAAACCGGCCCUGUGAGCAUGUCACCGUCGGCCAUCUCGGACAACUACACUUCCUCCGGUGCGCCGGACUACGCGGUCCAGAGCCCCUCUUCCGACUUCAGCGGGUAUGACCACGUUACGUGGUGGGUGGGAAACGCUAAGCAGGCCGCUGGCUUCUACACCACCUUUUUCGGAUUCAAGACCAUCGCGUACCGCGGCCUCGAGACCGGCAGCCGGUACUUUGCCUCGUACGUGGUCGCUAACAACGACGUCCGCUUCGUGUUCACGUCGCCGAUUCGCUCGGCCAGGUAUCUGCCCGAGGAUGAACCCAUCUCAGCAGAGGACAAGCACCUGCUGCAGCAGAUGCACGAGCACCUGGAGAGGCACGGCGACGCUGUCAAGGAUGUGGCCUUCGAGGUAGACAAUGUCGACGGCGUGUACGAAAAGGCCGUGGCCGCGGGCGCCGAGGCCAUCCAGCCGCCCAUGACCAUGGGCGCCAUGGGUAACAACAAGGAGCAGGGCCACGUGCGCACGGCCGUGAUCCGCACGUACGGCGACACCACCCACACCCUCAUCUCGCGCCACAACUUCCGGGGCGCCUUCCUGCCGGGCUUCCGCGCCGUGAGCUCGACGUCGGCCACCGUCGCGCUGCCCGACGUGCCGCUGGCGCGCAUCGACCACUGCGUCGGCAACCAGGACUGGAACCAGAUGGUGUCGGCCUGCGCCUUUUACGAGCAGUGCCUCUCGUUCCAUCGCUUCUGGUCGGUCGACGACAGCCAGAUCUGCACCGAGUUCUCGGCGCUGAGCAGCAUUGUCAUGGCGAGCCCCAACAACCUCGUCAAGAUGCCCAUCAACGAGCCGGCGCCGGGGAAGAAGAAGUCCCAGAUCGAGGAGUACGUGCUGUUCAACUCGGGCCCCGGCGUGCAGCACAUCGCGCUGCUCACGCCCGACAUCAUCACGACGGUCGCCGCGCUGCGGGCGCGGGGCGUGCAGUUCAUCGACGUGCCCAAGACGUACUACGACACGAUGCGGAUGCGGCUCAAGACGGAGAAGCGGAACUGGGAGCUGAAGGAGGACCUGGAUGUCGUGGAGCGGCUGAACAUCCUCAUCGACUACGACGAGCGGGGGUAUCUGCUGCAGCUGUUCACCAAACCGCUGAUGGAUCGGCCGACGGUGUUCAUUGAGAUCAUCCAGCGGAACGAGUUUGACGGCUUCGGUGCCGGCAACUUCAAGAGCUUGUUCGAGGCCAUUGAGCGAGAACAGGCGGAGCGCGGGAACCUGUAACUAAUACUAUUUUUUGUACUCAAGGUAGUUUUGCUUUUUCAGCCCUGGGAAAACUAUACCGUUACAUGGACGUUACUCAUACCCAGCAUCUCUUGUCCCAUGAGCGGCUGCCCACCCCGGCAUAUGCGAGAAAUGAUGCCAGAAAAUCAAACCCAUAACUACAUGAUAUGCCCCGCCAACGCCGUCCGCAACCUGUUGAGUCGCUUAUCCAUCCGAUGCACCAGAUGUUUCAAAUAUAGUCUAGCCAAGUCACGCAACCCCGAUAGUUAACUGAUUGGAGUAGGCCCCG